AUGUUGCCCAGUUUCGUAACCAACUUACCUACCAGAACUGAGCAAGGAAUUAUUCUAGCCGUUGAUUUAGGUGGCAACCACUUAAGAGUCUGUCUUUUCGAAUUUCAUGGUGAAAAAUACAUACAUUAUCAGGACCAGUACCCAAUUACAGCCAAGCUAAAGUCAGGAACUUUUGAGGAACUAUCAGACUACAUUGCAGAUGCUGUUAUAAAGUUAUUGGAGAAACAUAAACCAGACUACAAGGAUAACAAAUUAUGCUUGGGUUAUACUUUAUCAUUCCCUAUAUUACACGCGGAUUUAAAGAAUGGUUCACUUCAUGCCUGGUCGCGAGGAUUUACUUGUGCUGAAGGCAUCGGGAAAAAUCCAACAGAGGUCCUGCAGCACAGUUUCAAUAAGAGGCAUACAAAUAUACUAGUGGUCACGUUAACCAACGAUGUCGUGGCAACAUUUAUGGCAAGUUCUUUCAAUAAUCCUAAAACAAUCAUCAGUAUGGUGAUCGGAUGUGGAUUCAACAUGGGCUUUCGGGAAAAGGUUGCUCAUAUUAAACAUUGGCCAUCAGAAGAUGCGCGAAAAACAGCAUCUAAAUAUGAAGAUAUGCUUAUCAAUACAGAAAUCUGCCAAUUUUCUCAAAAACAACAUGGUAUACGUUUGAACCGCUACGAACGUGCUAUCAACUUGAUUUCCACUCAUCCACAUGAAUUUGUAUGCGAAAAGAUGAUCGGUGGAAUGUAUAUUGGUGAGAUUGCCCGCCAUAUGUUUUUAGAUCUUGCUUCCCAAGGCUUGUUAUUUAGUGGUGGUCGAUCGAUGAAACAUUUAGAGGAAGUAUGGUCAUUUACAUCAAAACAUAUGUCACGAAUUGAAGCGGAUACAUCAGAAGAAUUAGAGGUAGUGGAAGAUAUUUUGAAGAAAGAGCUAGAAAUAGAGACAACUUUGCUUUGUGAGAGACAAGCUGUAAAAAAAAUAGUGCAGGCCGUAGGAACAAAGUCGGCGCAAUACGCAGCUUGUUGCCUUGCAGCUGCCCUUUCAUUCAUCAUAGAGCGAGAUAAUCUCAGUAGCAGUGAGAACUACGUAGUUGGUAUUGCUGGAAAUUUGUUUGCUCAUUAUCCUUAUUAUGAAGAUAGAAUGAGAAAGACUGUAGCUGAAUUGUUAGGAGAUGAUAUAGAAAAAAAGAUUAAAAUAGAGAAAAUUCAAGACGGAUCUGGUUUAGGCACAGCUCUAAUUGCCUUCAAUAACAAAUAA